AUGCAAGUGCCACGGAGCCAUGCUAUGCACGAGGAGGAAUCGCCUCGACAGCCGGAGAGUGCUGUACGUUCGUCAGGCAACCAUGUCAAGGUCGUGGAGGAAGCAAAGAACCCGCCUUCAGCUGUUCCUCAUUCGCCAAGCCAGCUCGGUUCUGAUGUUGGUCGUGACAGACCCCUGGGUGGAAGACUUCCCAGCCGUACGGAGUCUUUUGCCGAGCUGGGCAAUUUGUCUUGGCUGAAUGCACUGAUCAGCUGGUUGUGGCCAAGUUUCAACAGGGCAGUGAUGGAGUUCGUGCAAGAAGACCUCAUGCCUAGGCUGCGAGACUCCCUUCCAUCUGUGUUCAGGCACGUGCAUUGUUGCCGCUUUACGCUGGGUGAUCAAAGCCCAGAGCUGGGCCCUGUGCAAGUCUUGGAGCAUUCGCCUCAUCGAGUGGACGUUGUCCUCGGGAUGGAGUACCUGAGCGAUGUUGACAUCAGUUUCGAUGCCGGAAGUGGUAUUUCCUUCGGAGUGAGGCGCUUGACCUGUAACGGUAAGAUGUGCGUGUCGCUGCGCCCUCUCAUGCAGCGAUUUCCCAUUGCCGGUGCGGUGCACGUGUUUUUCGCUGCUGCGCCGCAGGUUGAUCUUGAGCUUACCGGCUUGGCGUCGCUGGGCCACUUCCCCGGAGUUGAGAAAACCAUUCGGCGAGCUGUUGCAGACUGGCUCACCAGCUCCAUGGUCCUACCAAGGAGUAAGGCCGUGCUCCUUGCGGACGACGUCGACCCUAUGGAGGCGUUGGCAGAGCAACCGCUUGGAGUCGUUGCCGUGAAGGUCUUGCGGGCUGAAAACCUUGCUGGCGUCAACUGCCACGCUUUCAAAGAGGACUGCUUCACAUCUCAUCCCUAUUGCAUUUUGUCGUUGGGGGACCGCUCAGUGCGAUCUUCGACGGUCUACGAUACCACGCAUCCUGUGUGGCCAGCAGCAGAACCAGAUGUUCAUUUUGUUGUGCACCACCGGGAACAGCUGCUCUUCGUGGAGGUACAUGGUGAAGCGAGCGCAAGCCUGUUUCAACACAACUUCACCGCAUUUCUUGGACGUUCUUCGUGUCGGAUCGGACACUGCCUGAGACGAUGGCCGGAGGAGGGCAAGACUGGAGUUCGCCGCAACACACAGAAACUUGACACCUCCCAGGUGCAGCGAGAUCUCCUGCAUGUGGAUGAUCCAGUGAAUCGAGGCUUGCCAUCCGUGGUGGAUGUGCAGGUGCAGUGGUAUGACUUCGUUGGUGCAGAUGGCUGGGACGAUACAGCACCUGCUGCAUCGGCGGCGCUGGUGAUCGAACUAGUUCGAGGUGCUGGCUUUCCAAGCGAAGGCAACGUUGGGCGUGGUCUGCGAUGGAGGACAUGGGUCGAUGACAAGGAUGUGCUGGUGAGCCAGAAGGGGCAGCUGCCAUCAGAUCAGCUGCGUUUUCCGGAUCUUCCUAUCAAUCCUCGGCUGUUUCCGGUUAUAGACAACCUCGACGCCCGUCGAUAUUCAUUGAAGGACAUGGCACAAAUCGUGGGCAUUGCCGAGGAGCUGGUCGCAACAUACUUGAGGACCAGAGAUGAGUUCAAAAACAAACAGGAACAUCUUCGAGAGGUUCAAAGCAAAGAUGACUACCGAAUCAAGUUGCAGUGGUUCCAAGUCCUCGUGCACAUUCUUGAUGCCUCUGAUGCGUCCAAGAGCUUGAACUUCGCUUUGCUAGAUUCGAAGGACACAGAAGUUGGACGACUCCCAAGCGUUCCUUUGAGGUCUCUUCUGGAAGACUCCCGAGGAAGCACCACUUUGAAGUCUUGUGUGCUACAGGGUUCUCCCGAAGAACGCGGAGGCAAGGGCUGCAACCAGCAUCGUGCUGCAGCGCGUGGUGCUGCGGAAGGCAGGAAAAUGAUCGUGCCUAGUGGCCUGCGUUGCUUAGGUCUCCCAUGGCUUGGAUUUGGCGUUUCGAGUUUGAAUCCUCGAUUUGCCACGGUCCAAAUGGACAUCUCCUUGAGAGUCUGCGGAUUGAAAGCAGGACGCUUGCCGAAAGUCUGA